AAUUAAAGAAGUUUUAAUUGUUACGAAACAUAAUUAUAUUUAAAGACAGUAAAACAAAAACAGUUCUGUAUGUAAAAUUAAUUUUAUAUAACCGCGUGCAGUGUUUUUUUUUUCUAAUUCUAAUAAUGCUUUCAAUUUGUGUACAUGUAUGUAUAUUCCAUUACGAUAAUUUAAUGAAAAAAACGAAGAACAUGUACUCACGCACACGUUUGAAUGUUCAAUACUCACUCUGUUGCUAUAAUAAUAGUCAUUUAUGAAUUGUGUAUAUGCAUGACGCUCCAAAAAUAUAUGUAAUAUAAAUAUAUUUAUUAAAUUAUAUGUGUAAAUAAAAGUGAUACCGUUCGCCUAAUAUUGAAAUGAAAUAACAAAUUCCCAUUAAUAUUGCGUACAUUCGGUUCAACGUUCAUCCAAACUGUACAAAUGGAUGAACAAAAAGCGCCGAUGGUGGUACGAAUUUCGAUUGGUAAAAUAUAAAUGUUUCAAUUUUAUCCAACCAAUCGAAAACCUUGCGCCUUGCCGUGCAUUGCAUUAGUCGGCAGAACGUUUGAAUCGAAUUUACAUAUGUACCUACAUGUAUGUGCUCCACUUAUCCCUUCUUUGCGAAUCUAUUACCCAGAAAGACGUGAAGUGCUAACGCAAUGAAAACGAAUCAUUUUUAUGUUUCAAGUAUCUUCUAAUGUAUGUAACAUUUACUUUACUAUAUAACUAAACUAUACAUGCAUUAAUUUCACAAGACAAUGGCUGUAAUUGUCGCAAGUAUGUAUCAUCGAAAGGUAUUAAAUUCUCAGCUUGGCAAAUUGUUUUCGACGUUUGUCCAUAAAUGGUAACAAAACGAAUGAUUUUAACAGGGGCUUUUAUGAUUGGGAAUUUAUUAACUUUUACUCCUGCAUUAAAUAGGCGCCACGGGCAUUGCAAAUUGUACUAGUCAUGAUCUCAAGUACAGAUAACGAGUACGCGAACAAAACUGCCCAGUGCGUUCAUCCUUUGAAAUAGUUACAUCACUGGAAAGCGUCAGUCAUAGUUAUAACACGUAGUGUCGUAUUUUGUCGUGCGUACGUUCUGCCAUCGACAUUCGAUAAGUACGUUGUCAAGGAAGACAAGGUAGCUUCACUUUGUAAGUAAAAUGCCUGUAAAAACAAAUUUCCCGCUUGUAAUUGCUGUUCUCCAUCCAAAUAUUGGUGGCUGGAUCGGUGGAUACAUCACCAAAAAAAAUAUCAAACCCUGGUAUGAGUCUUUAAAAAGGCCUACUUGGACACCACCAAACUGGGUGUUUGCUCCAGUAUGGACAACUCUGUAUUGUACAAUGGGUUAUUCUUCAUAUUUAGUAUGGAAAGAUGCUGGUAGUUACAGAGAGGCUGCAAUACCACUUUCUAUUUAUGGAGCUAAUUUAAUACUAAAUUGGUCAUGGUCACCACUGUUCUUUGGAUUACACAACCUGAAAUUGGCUUUGUAUGAAAUCGCAGUAUUGUGGGGAAGCACUGUAGCAAUGGGCAUUGCAUUUUACAAUGUAAAUCCAAUUGCUGGCUACUUGGUAAUUCCAUAUUUAGCAUGGAAUUCUCUAGCUGCAGCAUUGAACUACGUAAUUUAUAGAGACAACAAGCCAAUGAUAGAAGAUAUUACAGAUAAAAAAAAGGAAUAAUAUCUUGUAACAUACAUAUAUAUAUAUUUGUUUUUUUUAGCAAAAUGCAUUAGUGUAUAAUGUCACCCAAUGAAACAAUGCUUCAUAUAUUACCUCUUUUUUUUACAAUUGUUGUAUCACCAGCAUUUAAUAAGA